UACACGAGCAUCACAGUUCAUGAGGUCAACGUCAUAGGUCAACACUCUGGAAGAGUUAAGUGAACAUGUCGGAUAGCAGAAUAGAGCAGUUGGCCAGGCAGGGCUGGCAUCUCACCCCUGAGGGCAUGCAGCUAUGUGAGGCAGAAGCUGGUAGCAAUACCAGCAACAGUAACAUCAUUGCUGUUGCUCUUAACACCGAUCUGAAGUCGAUUGGACGCAAUUGGCUGCCUGAGGAGAUAAACCGAGGUAAGCUUGAUCAACUAGCAAAGAUGGGAGUCGUGCAGAUACAGAAGAUUCGUAACGUAUCCGCACCGAAGGCGAACGAAGAUUCGAACCACGCGCCGCGUCUGCUUAAACUCGUGCUCACUGACGGCCACACGACCGUUCACGCUCUCGAGCUGCUGCAUGUGUCACAGCUAAGCACUGCCACGCCGCCGGGCACCAAGCUCUGCCUGCUGGGCGACCCCAUACCGAUCGCGCACGGCCACCUGCUGCUGGGUGGCGCCACCGUGCGCGUGCUCGGCGGCACGGUUGAAGCCCUCGUUGAGAGCUGGCGUUUCGCACGUGAGGUUCCUCGCUUCGCGCGCGUGCAAGCCGGCCGCGCUGACGGAGCGCCACCGUUUGUCCCGUUUGGCAAGCGCAUCAUGACGGGCGGGGUCGACGAGACGAAACGUAAGACGCUGGAGCAGAAGUCGCGUGAGAAGGGUAAGGAUGGCAAGGAGGAGGAUGCCGACUUCCAGCAGCAGCGGCAGGCAACGAUCGCUGAGGUCGCGCGAGCAAAGAACGAGGUCAAGAGCAAGAAGUUUGCCGGCACCGGCGUGCAGGACAAAACGGCGCUGAUGGGACGGAGCGUCGGUGGCGCCCCCACGAGGGAGUUCGGUGCACGUGCGUCACACGAUGCACCUGAGAGGGGUGAGGGUGGCGGAGACAGGGGCGGUGGUAGAGGAGGGCGCCGCCGUCGCCACGGCCAGGAUGACGACGAUGACGCGGAAGCAGAUCCGAGUGCUUCGCGCCCGUCUGGACCGACAACUCUGUUUGACUUUCUUGAGCAGAAAAUCCCAUCUAAGGCAGAAACGAAGGGAUCGUCAGCACCUUCUCAAUCGCACGAUGGACUCUCGCUAAAGCCAGGCGCUGGCUACUCCGGUUCAAGAUCAUCUAACCCGCGAAAUGAUGACUUCUCAAAGCGAUAUCCACAGAGAUUAAAUGAAAACAAGCAGGAAAGGUCCGCAAGCUAUGGCAAUCGGCAAUUGCAAGGUGGCACUAGUAGUCGGAGGCAGGAUAACCAAAGAAGUGCGUACGACGAUGGAACGUCUCAUCAUGGUUCAUAUCGUAAGGAAUCGUCCAAUUACUCGCAUGACCAACGCACGCAAAACGACCAGAAGACAAGAAAUCCGCCUUACAGCAACAACAGAGAUGGCGCUAGCAGCCGCUGGGGAAACUCUGCGAAGAGCGAGAAUCGAGUUGAGAAGAACGGACCGCCCCAGUCUUCUUCCUUCUCUUCUUCUGCCACGAACUCUUUCUCACGAAGAGAUAACUCAGGAAGGUCGGUGCCAAAGCCUGUUGAUUAUAAAAACCAGGCUGAUGCUAGUUGGAACCCUGACUAUGGACAGAGUGGCCGUCAGAGGCAUUACGAAGGCAAGGCCGAUCCAUAUAGACAUUCAAAUGUCCAAGAUGGCAGCAGAGGGGAACAACAAAAGCAGCAUAGAGAUGAUGCCAAUAAGCAGCAAAGGGAUCCAGAUAGUAAGAGAAGUCAGGAUGCCAUCAGCCAGAACAACCGUGGUGACUACAUGAAUACGGAGGGUAACUCGCAGCGACGGCCACCCAACGACACUCUCAGUAAUCAGUUCAGCUCGCUUUCCAUUACGAAGCCUGCGGGCAGAGGGCGGCGGCAGCAGGCAGAUGUCGAGGGCAGGUCGCCGUGGCAACAGAGCGACCACUGCAUGGCACGUUACUGGGAGGAUGGGAGGUACUACGAGGCUGUUAUUCACGCCGUGUCUGGCAAUGGAUCAACGGCUGUCGUCAAAUUCUCCGACUAUGGAAACUAUGAGGAGGUCUUCUUGACAGACCUGCUGCCCUCUGGUGGUGCUCCCGUCGGGGCACCUAGCACAGCAGUGCCCUCUCUGGUGUUUGUGAGUGCUGAAAUGCCUUCCGUGCCACCCUUUCCCAUUGACCUUGCAGAGCUAGAUCAACAGGCAUACCAGCAACGCAGGGUUCCCCAUAGGCCAUCCAUGCCUCUGUACCAGCCACCCUCACGUAGAGAGUAAGGUAUUUGAUUAGCACUUCUUGGUAUUGCCUCUUGCAACUGUCCUUGGUCCAUACCACUACUCUAGCCUUUUUUACAGACAAUUACAACCUCUAAUCUAUUUUGGUCCUAAUGAGUGAAACGUGUGAAUAAGUAACAGCAAUAUCAUUCUGUGCCUAUUUUCGUUGAUUGAAAGGCAAAUGUUCCUUACAGAAAGAGGCAUUUUGUAGCAUUUGCACACCCUUAUACCGUGCAGCUUAUGUGUACAAGUCGUAAGUAGGCAUUAUGUAAUUUAAUAUGAACU